AUGGAAGCCGACCAACCCGAACCUGAUUCUCUCGUGGACCUUCGAGCUCUCGAGUAUGUCUCCAGUUACGACGGACAUCUUAUGUGCCCAAUAUGUCACUGUCCUUUUAUACGACCCAUUCGGUUGAAAUGCGAUCACAUAUUUUGCCAAAAAUGCCUCAAUUCAUGUAUCAAAUCGUCUCCUCUGCACACGCCGUUCACACCGCCGCCCGACAACUUUGCUUGCCCCUCAUGUCGAACACCCACGAUGGCCACCUUCAUGAAAGUGCCUCGUAUAAUAAUUAGCAUGUGCGAUGAUUUGUGUGUGAAAUGCCCGUUUGCCGCCCAAGGAUGCGAGGAGAUAAUUCAACGUGGGCAUAUACAAGCCCAUGUGGAUAAAUACUGUGAUUACCGGCUAAUGUAUUGUCCUGGCGAGAACUGCAAUUACAUGAUAAGGAAGAGAGAUCUAGAUCCUGACCGUCGGUGUUUGCAUGAACUCCGUCAUUGUGACAACUGCAAGGAACUUACACAUACAAAGGAACUGUGUUCCAGCUUGAAAGCCGAAUGCCCCGAUUGCCACACUACUUUAUGUCGCUAUGAAUUGCAAAAACACUUGGAGACAUGUCUUCUGGCUAAGAGAUCUUGUCAUGCUGCUAAAUUCGGAUGUCCAGUUAAGCUUAGAAUGGCUGAGCUUGCGCAACACGAGCAAUCGUGUGCAUUGGUCGCCUUGGGACCAUAUUUGGAAACUCAAGCGUCGCGUAUAGAAUCCAUGGAUUCAACAAUAAGACAGCUGCGGCAACGAAACGAGAUUCUUGAAGACAGCAUUGCGAAUAUUCGCUCGACCAUUGCGCAGAUUUCUCCUCCGCAAACUAGUUCUAAACCAGAAGCUCUACCGAUAGUCAGAAGUGAUUCCCCGAUAUCUUUAUCAUCUGAAAUACCCAACAUUUCCGCUUCAGGGGCUCCCACGAGUAGUAUCUCAGAUACUGUCAAUCUCGUUUCUCAAGAACCCAUAUCCGGCCCGCCUCCUUCAAAUACCACCACUUACCUCCUUUCCAUCCACGAGUCUUUGAGAGACGAAGUAACUCAACUCUCCAAUGCAGUUUCUGAUAUUGAUGCCCGCGUUAAUAUGUCCAUUUUGAACGAGAACCUUAGGCUUAGAGACGAAAUGGCCCAUAUAAGUGCUGGUGUCAACAACAUCCGGAUGCAGGUCCAUUGGCUUAUGAACCCAAGGCUGCAUCAGAAUCAGCGAUCCGUCAAUGACUCGGCCACUGGAGCACCUUCUGCUAGUGAUAGCUCUCGGAAUAUGACCAUGAGUCCUUCCGCUACCAACCCCUCAGCCCCUUCACCUCCCAUUCAACGAAACAGACGGCUCAGCGAUGGGGGCCGUGAAGGAACGAAAUUGUGA